GCAGCUGAAGGGCUGCCCCAGGUGUAUUACUUCGGACCGUGUGGAAAGUACAACGCCAUGGUACUAGAGCUGCUUGGUCCUAGCUUGGAAGAUUUAUUUGACCUCUGUGAUAGGACGUUCACUUUGAAGACGGUAUUAAUGAUAGCCAUCCAGCUGAUAUCUCGAAUGGAGUACGUGCAUUCAAAGAACCUCAUCUACCGAGAUGUCAAGCCAGAAAACUUCCUUAUUGGCCGGCAAGGCAAUAAGAAAGAACACGUCAUUCACAUCAUAGACUUUGGAUUGGCGAAGGAGUACAUUGACCCGGAAACCAAAAAACACAUACCUUACAGGGAACACAAGAGCUUAACUGGAACAGCGAGAUACAUGUCCAUCAACACUCAUCUUGGCAAAGAGCAAAGUCGUCGAGAUGACUUGGAAGCCCUCGGCCAUAUGUUUAUGUAUUUCCUCCGAGGCAGCCUGCCCUGGCAAGGAUUGAAGGCUGACACCUUAAAAGAGAGGUAUCAGAAGAUUGGGGACACAAAGAGAAACACUCCGGUUGAAGUUCUCUGUGAGAACUUUCCAGAGGAGAUGGCCACAUACCUCCGUUAUGUUCGGCGAUUAGACUUCUUUGAGAGACCAGACUACGAUUAUUUACGAACCAUCUUCACAGAGCUGUUUGAAAAGAAAGGCUACACCUUUGACUACGCCUAUGACUGGGUCGGCAGGCCAAUUCCUACUCCAGUGGGAUCUGUUCAUGUAGAUUCUGGGACGUCCGCAGUAACAAGAGACAGCCACAUCCAUAGGGAUCGACCAUCGCAGCAAGCCCUUCGCAAUCAGGCGUCAUCAGAUCGCCGAGGGGACUGGGAGAUCCAGCCAAGCCGGCAGACGAAUACCUCGUACUUGACAUCUCAUUUGGCUGCGGAUCGGCACGGAGGAUCAGUGCAGGUGGUUAGCUCGACCAAUGGGGAGCUGAAUGUGGACGACCCGACGGGGGCACACUCCAACGCGCCAAUAACAGCGCAGGCGGAGGUGGAGGUGGUGGAGGAAGCUAACUGCCUGAAAAUGCUCAACUUGUGGUGCUGCUGCUUCUUUAAGAGGAAACGGAAGAAGACGGCUCAGCGUCACAAGUGACCGGUGCCUCCUGGGCCUUGCAGGAACCACCGCGCCUGCAGCUCCUGCCCUGUCUCACUGGAAGGGGCUUCUCUUUAGGGGGGAGGAGGAGGCAUAGGAGGAAGAGAGAAAAAAAAAC